GGUAUCAGAGCAUUCUUUCCUACGUUUCUUUCUAUAAGUCAAAAAUCUAUUUUUCAUCCCAUGUCAGCCACCACAGAAAAUGCAACUCCUCUUACAAGCACAACAAACAUGGAGGUAGAUCCAUCGUCUCCCUUUUAUCUGCAUCAUUCCGAUGGGCUAGGCACUACACUUGUGACACAACUAAUGACAGGGAACAAUUAUCCCACAUGGAGCCGUGCAAUUACUAUGGCUUUUGAAGCAAAAAACAAACUUGGAUUUGUUGAUGGAACAAUUCCAAAACCAAGUGCUACAUCAGCAACAUAUACUAUCUGGAAACGUUGCAAUAGCAUGGUUCUUUCGUGGCUUCUGAAUGCUGUCACCAAGGAGAUAGCCAAUACUGUGGUCUUUAUGAAGACAGCUCGAGCAAUUUGGCUUGAUUUGAAGGAACGGUACUCACAGCAUAAUGCCCCACGUGUUUUCGAAAUUCAAAGGUCCAUUGUGAAUCAUAUGCAGAGAAAUGAUUCAGUCACAAUGUAUCACACCACGUUGAAGAGUUUAUGGGAUGAGUUGUCUAUCUACAACACCUAUCCUACAUGCACUUGUGGGACUAUGUCUGAAAUCAUUCAACUGGAAGAACAGGGGUGCCUAAUGCAAUUUCUCAUGGGACUUAAUGAAUCUUAAAGCAACUUGAGGAGCCAAAUCCUGGUAAUGAGUCCUUUACCAACUGUUACAAAAGCACUAUCUUUGGUUUUACAGGAUGAGAGGUAGCGCUCCAUUCAAGUACUUUCUCAACCACCUUACCCAGAGCAGUCUGCCAUGGCUGCAAGUAAUGUGCAGAGGUCUUAU